UUUUUCGUUCCCUCCGCUCGACUCGACCCGGGGAGACAUGGAAGAAUUGACCGAGCGACGACUCGACGACAGCCUGCCCUCCGGACACCGGCGGACCGUGUAAACGGGAACCCAAGCAGCGGGAGGAGAGGCCGGCGGCGGCGGCGGCGGGGAGGGGGCGGCUUGUUCAGACCCCUUCCCUCACCCGAGCCUCCGGUGCCCGCGACAUGGCGCUCAGCUCCGGCGGUUGGGCUCCGCCGGCCGCGGUCCCCUCCGCCUCGUCCCAGCCGGCUGCGUGCGCCGCCCCGACGCCGUGCUGCGGCACCGUGCUGAUGUCGGUCCGGGUGUCGGUGUGCCACUCCGGGAUCCGGCCCCUGUGCCUCCCCGGGGCCGGCGGCGAGGCUCUGCGCCUGCAGCUCGGCAUGGACCCGAGCCGGGCCGGAGAGUUCCGACUGGCGCUGCGGGACACGAGCGGGAACCGCAGCGUGUUCAUCGCGGAGUUCGACCUGCGCUCGGUGCAGUACGAGGUCAAGUCCCCGCGCUGCCACGAGAUGCGCCUCGUCGCGCCGCCCCGCGACUGCAUCCGCUUCAACUUCCGCUGCGACCGCGAGGCCGAGGAGUGGGCCACGGUGGUGAUGUCAUCGCUGAGGGAGGCGCACAGAGUCGCAAACAUGAACACGUGUGAAUCGGACGCCGGGCGCGACGACCCAGCGGCUCCGGAGCCGUGGAGCUCCGCCUCCCUGCCGCUCACCGAGGAACUGUGCUUGGAGCUCGCCGGGGCGAUCGAGGCCGGCGACGCCCGGGCCGCCUCGCAGCACGCCGCCGCUCUGGCCCGCCACAGAUCGGCGCUGACCAUUCAGCCGUCUGAGAAGAACUACGCCGAGGGAGCCGUCAGCUUAUCGGUGGUGGUGGAGGACGUCUCGUCGUCCUGUUGCGUCACAGUCAAAGUCUUUCCUUUCAUGACGGUGGCUGCGCUCAAGCAACAGGUGUUCCUCGAGUACGGCUUCCAUCCCCGCGUGCAGCGCUGGGUGAUCGGCCAGUGCCUGUGCACCGAGCCGCGGUCGCUGGCCUCCUACGGCGUGCAGAAGGACGGCGACGCGGCCUACCUGUACCUGAUCUCCGCCCGGCAGGCGCACGUCACCCGCCAGCUGUUCCAGCAGGACCUGGAGAGCGCCCUGCUCGCCCCGCCGCUCCCACCGGGCAACGGCCCCGCCUCCCAGGACUGGAGGGGCUACAGCACGCUGCCCUCGAGGCUCGCCCACAACAACCAGGGUGGUGGAAGCGACCGACCAGGGGACAUAAAAGACGUCCUCGAUAUCGAGAAUCUGCAGCUGAACGAUCACAACAAUAAAGGCAGUAAAACACGGCAGACGGAGUGGGCGUGUCCCUCGUGCACCUUCAUCAACAAGCCGUCCCGGCCGGGCUGCGAAAUCUGUGCGACAGCCAGACCCGAGCUGCACAUCCAGCAGGAGCGAGGGAGGCGAGAGGAGCGAGGAGACGCCGCUUCAAGCAGCAGCUGACUGCAUCCGUCAUCGCCGUCAGGUCGCCAUGUUUCUCUCACACACACACACACACACACAGUGAGCAGGCUGAAGAAGAUGCUUCCAUAACGACGGUCUGUGUGGUGCACUGUGAGUCCUCCGUCACUGGUCGAGGCUCAGACGGAAGGCUUCAGCUCGGACUGGUUCUGCGGACGCCCACACGUUCAUUUUCUCCCCGGACCUCUUUAUUUAUUUUACAGGGUGUUUUGUGUGCAAAAAUCCCGGACGGCCUAAUAUUUACUUUAGGUGAAAGAGAAAGUUGUACUUUAUUUUCUGUCUACUAUGAAAUUAGGUGGGACGGUGAAGCCUUGUGCAAUAUCCUGCUGUUUUAGUGUCAUCCGCCAAAAGCAUGGUGGUUUUAAAAGAAGAAACGUGUUGCGUUUACAGGGCUGUCAAGUGCUUUUAUUUUUUUAUAACAUUGUGUUAAGUGUAUUAUUUUUGACAGUUCUAGUUUUAUUCAAUUCCCUGUGACAGCAAAGGAAUGACCCGUUUUCAGUAAUGCUGUAAAAACUCAUCAGCCAAAUAAACGUAAUGAAAACCAA